AUGCUCGUCGUGAACAAGUUGGUUACCCGUCCCUUUACUGGCCAAAAGCCCGGAACGUCUGGGCUUCGAAAAAAAGUGAAGGUUUUCCAGCAAGAAAACUAUUUGGCAAACUUCGUUCAAAGCACCUUCAAUGCAAUCAAGAAUCAUGGAGGGAUCCCUGACACCAUCGUUCUUGGCGGCGACGGCCGAUACUUCCUUCCAGAGGCCAUCCAGGUCAUAAUUAAAAUUGCUGCAGCAAACGGUGUUUUAAAUGUUUGGGUGGGAAAAGAUGGUCUUCUUUCGACUCCUGCUGUGUCCAAUAUUAUUCGCAACCGAAAGUGUGGACAAGUUAGUGCCAAGGGAGCUUUCAUACUCACUGCCAGUCAUAACCCUGGUGGUCCUGAAGAAGACUUUGGCAUCAAGUACAACACAGAAAACGGUGGUCCAGCGGCAGAGAAACUCACCUCUGCUAUUUACGAGGAAACUUUAAAAAUCAAUCACUUUCUCAUGUGCACCAACCUCGAUGCUGUGGAUGUGACGAACAAAGGGGAUUAUAUGUUUGAAACCUUUAAGGUUUCAGUUAUUGACAGCACCGAUGACUACGUUCAUGGCAUGACGAAGAUUUUUGAUUUUCAGAGUAUCCAGAAUCUGUUGGAUCGACAUGAUUUUAAAAUCCAGCUUGACGCUUUAAAUGGUAUUGGUGGUCCAUACAUAAAGGCUAUCUUUGGUUCCUGUUUGGGAGUCCCAGAGAGUGCUUUGCGCGGCGCCACACCACUUCCUGACUUCGGUGGGCAUCACCCAGAUCCAAACCUCAUUUAUGCAAAAGAUCUAGUGGCAGCAGUGGGGCUUGAUUCAGAGGGCGCACCGGACGCCAACGUCACUGGCGAGGUUCCAGAUUUCGCUGCAGUAUUUGACGGAGAUGCUGAUCGAAGCAUGAUCCUUGGUGGACGGUUCUUCGUCACUCCGUCAGAUUCUGUAGCCAUUCUUGCUGCAUACGCAAAUGUUGUACCCUUUUUUUCUCAGCGCGGUGGUCUCAAGGCUGUGGCGCGGUCCAUGCCAACCAGUGGGGCUCUAGACCGUGUUGCGGAGGCUAAGCGUCUCAAACUCUUCGAGGUUCCCACAGGUUGGAAGUUUUUUGGAAACCUAAUGGACAGCCAUGAAGUGUUUGGAGGCGAGGACUACAACCCACUCAUCUGCGGAGAGGAAAGCUUUGGAACCGGUAGCAAUCACAUCCGUGAGAAGGAUGGUGUGUGGGCGGCGCUGUUUUGGCUUUCUAUUCUUGCAAGCAGGAACGCAGAUCCGUCGAAGCCGCUUGUCGGUGUGCGAGAAAUUGUCGAGGAACACUGGAUGCAGUAUGGUCGAAAUUACUACUGCCGCUAUGACUACGAAAAUGUGGCUGAGGAGUCUGCCAAGGCCGUAAUGGAAACAGUGUGGAAACAGCAACCAAGCAAUAUCCCGCCACUGCAGGGAAAGCGGUGUGUCAAAGUCGACGACUUCGAUUACCACGACCCUGUUGAUGGUUCUGUAUCCAAGAAUCAGGGUAUUCGCGUCCUCUUUGAGGAUGGCUCGCGGUUUGUCUUCCGGCUCAGCGGCACCGGCUCGACUGGAGCCACGAUUCGGCUCUACAUUGAACAGUAUAUGGAGCCCAAGGCGGUUGCGCAGCACAUCAGGGACGGUACUCUUCCCACAGUUCGCUCUGCAUUGAGAGAGCUUAUCAAUAUUGCGCUGAACCUCUCGCAGAUUUCCAAGCUCACUGGUCGUGACGCGCCGAGCGUCAUUACAUAA